GGAGCCGGUCCGACGGCUCGGGCUGUGCGCGGAGUGAGCGGUGGCGGAGACGAGCGCCCGCCGGAGCCCUGGUCGCCCCGCCUCGCGUCCGCGCCGCUGUGACCCCAAGCUCAGAGCUUUUAGCACGCACCUCUACACCGGAUUCGCAUCGUUUGUUUGCCUCUCACGUCUUGGAGGGAGAACACGUCUUUAUGACAGAUGAUUCUGGUCUCCCGUUUAAAGUGACAAUGUAAGGUUCCCAUUUAAAACGAAUGUAUUUCGUGUGAAGGUAACAGGUCCAGUGAUCUUUUGACUGACACAUAUGGAUUCGCAAACAUCUCCAAAGGAAACUGUCCUCGUUACAGGAGGAGGUGGCUAUUUUGGUUUCCGCCUAGGCUGUGCUCUUAAUGAGAAGGGAUUCCACGUGCUUCUGUUUGACCUCAGCAGCCCUGCUCAGACCAUUCCAGAAGGCAUCGAGUUUGUACGUGGAGACAUCCGCCACCUCUCUGACAUAGAGAAAGCCUUCCAGGACACGGAUGUCACUUGCGUGUUUCAUAUUGCCUCUUAUGGCAUGUCAGGGCGAGAGCAGCUGAAUCCAAACCUGAUUGAGGAAGUCAACGUCAGGGGCACAGACAACAUCCUCCAAGCUUGCAGGCAGAGAGGGGUGCCAAGGUUAGUUUAUACUAGCACUUUUAAUGUCGUCUUCGGAGGUCAAGUUAUCAGAAACGGAGAUGAAUCUCUGCCCUACUUACCUCUUCACCUCCAUCCUGAUCACUACUCUCGGACCAAGUCUAUUGCAGAGAGGAAGGUGCUGGAGGCAAGUGGUACAGCCCUGGAAAGAAGCAAUGGUGUCUUGAGAACCUGUGCUCUGAGGCCGGCUGGCAUCUAUGGGCCUGGAGAACAGAGGCACCUUCCCAGGAUAGUGAGCUACAUUGAGCGGGGCCUAUUCAAAUUUGUAUAUGGGGAUCCCAGGAGCCUGGUUGAAUUUGUCCAUGUAGACAACUUGGUACAGGCUCACAUUCUGGCCUCAGAGGCCCUGAAAGCUGACAAGGGCCACAUUGCCUCUGGACAGCCCUACUUCAUCUCAGAUGGCAGACCCGUGAACAACUUUGAGUUCUUCCGGCCUUUGGUUGAGGGUCUGGGCUACACAUUCCCAUCCACACGCCUGCCGUUGACUGUCAUCUACUGCUUUGCUUUUCUAACAGAGAUGGCUCACUUCAUUUUGGGCCAACUCUACAAUUUCCAGCCCUUCCUCACGCGCACAGAAGUUUACAAAACUGGUGUCACACAUUACUUUAGUCUGGAGAAAGCCAAGAAGGAGCUAGGUUAUGAGGCUCAGCCAUUUGACCUCCAGGAAGUAGUAGAAUGGUUUAAAGCCCAUGGUCAUGGCAGAAGUCCUGGAAGUCAUGACUCUGAGCGUCUUGUCUGGGGCGGACUGUUGGUCUUACUCAUGGUUAUAGCAGUUCUCAUGUGUAUGCCUUCUGUGAUUCUGUCCCUGUGAAGGAGGAGCUAGCAGUGAGCUGAUCACACUUGAUGGUUCUCAAGAAACACGGGUUUGGGAAAAUAUAGUGAUACCUGGUAGCAAA